AUAUAUAUUGAUAUCGAAUUAUUGUCCAGCCCUACUGCAUCCUAAGUCACGCACUUGUGAAAGCCUUGCAAAGUCAUGAAUCAAUAACUAAACCUGCCCAAAUAAAUUGCGUCUAAUUGAUGUAAGUAUGUAGUAGCAUUGCACUUAUUGUGAAAUACGCACACUGUUCAGCUAAAUUCAUAUUAAUAGUGAUCUCUUUGCAUCACUGUAACCACAUUAUAUAUGAAAAGCUUAAUGAAGAGGGAACCUUUCUUUUUAUGCCGUAUAUCUUUGAAGCCUGUGAGGGUACUAUACUUUUUCCUUAACAAUGGGAAUGUCUUUGUGUGUGUCUACAAUGACUGAAACAUACAAUUCAUGAAUCAAAAAAAUGAUGCUGAUGUUGAUAAUAAUAAUAAUAAUAAUAGCAAAAAUGUAAGAAUGUAAAAUGUGUAAGAAUGGUUCCCAGUUUUUCUCAAAUGGUAGUAUGUUAUUUUUAUGAAAGCCUGUAAUUUUUCCAUGGAUAUGUAUUCCAUCAUUAGAUUAGUCCAUUAUUUAAAUUAAGUUUUUGGAUUUGCAGUUUUGAAGAAUUGCUUUUUUGCCGGUAGUUGGAGAAAUAAGUAUAUUAUUCUUGUAUAUGGUCAGGGUGUUUAACUGUGUAAAAUCUCCAAGCAGACAAGGUCAGGGAGAGGGGGGGGAUUCUGCAGCUUAGGGUGGACGUGAGUUUUUUAGUGAUGGCUGCCCAAAAAGUGUGAGCAGGUAUACAGACCCACAGAGCAUGCAGAUAAUUGUCUGUGACACCAGGGUUCACAGUGCUGACUAAUCCCAAUUUAUACUUUUUAUAUUGAGUGAAUUGUGUUCUAUGAAUUCUAUGAAAUGGGAAUUUGAUAUUUGCACAAAUAUGAUCAAAUGAAUGGAAAACAAUGAAAUGUUUAAACGUGUUUCUGUAACAGUGACCAGCAGGAUUCAUCUGACUCAGACAGCUGUAUCUCAUUCAAAAGUGAUCACUCCAUGGAACCUCCAUGGAACCUCCUCAAAUUCAGUGACCAGCAGGAUGGGUUGUUAAACCUAUAGUGAGACGAUGGGAUUAACUGAAAAGUCUGUUGACUUGCAGCUCAUCAAAGACGGGAGUCUUGCCCAAGAAGGUGCAGAAGAUGGAGAACGUCCCGAAAAGUUCUGUUAUCCCAGAGGAGGUGAACCAGCAGGGUCUUGAAGAGUCCUUGGAAAUAGGGCAGGAAAACACAGUUCAGGCCAUAAAGGAUGCCCAACAGAACCUGAAAUCCUGUCUGAAAAAAACAUUUCAACAUAUAUUUGAAGGGAUUGCAAAACAAGGAAAUCCAUCCAGCCUUAAGGAUAUCUAUACAGAGCUCUACAUUACAGAAGGUGGAAAAGAAGAGCUUAUGAAUGAAGAGGGAAUUAGUCAAUAUGAGACAAAAAUUAAUUGUAACGAUCUGUUUAAACCCUUAUAUGGACAAGAGAAACAUUUUAGAACUGUGAUAUCAAUAGGAAUAGCUGGAAUUGGAAAAACAGUCUCUGUGCAGAAAUUCAUCCUUGACUGGGCAGAAGGGGAAGCUAAUCAGGAUGUUCAUUUCAUGUUUCCACUAAAAUUCCGUGACCUUAAUUUAGAAAAAGGUAAUGAGUACAGCCUUAUUGAACUUCUUCAUCACUACUUUCCAGAUCUAAGUGAAACUGCAGACAAUCAACUCAGUAGACUCAAAGUUGUUUUAAUUUUGGAUGGUCUGGAUGAAUGUCGACUUCCUCUAGAUUUCCAAAACAAUGAGAUCUGCUGUGACGUAACAAAGAGAACAUCGCUGGAUGUUUUGCUAACCAACCUCAUUAAGGGAAAUCUCCUUCACUCUGCUAACCUCUGGAUAACCUCCCGGCUAGCAGCAAGCAGUCAGAUACCUCCUGAAUGUGUCCACCGGGUGACAGAAAUAAGGGGCUUUGAAGAACCACAGAAGGAGCUGUACUUCAGGAGGAGACUCAGAGAUGAAAAUCUGGCUAACAGCAUUAUAAGACAUAUAAAAAAAUCGAGGAACCUCUACACCAUGUGUCACAUACCAGUCUUCUGCUGGAUUUCAGCGACUGUUCUUGAGCACAUGUUGGCUUAUAAAGACUGUACUGAAAUCCCCACAACUCUGACAGAAAUGUAUAUACAUUUCCUGCUCAUUCAGAUGCACCGAAAGAGUAAGAAGUAUGAUGGGACCAAUGAGACAAACCGAGUGAAACUGCUACAGUCUAACAAAGAGAUGAUCCUGAAACUUGCAGAGCUGGCAUUUAAACAGCUGGGGGAAGGACAUUUAGUAUUUUACGCAGAGGACUUCAAAGACUGUGGUGUUGAUGUCAUUGAGGCUUCAGGAUACUCUGGGAUGUGUACAGAAUUCUUUAGGGAAGAGGAUGUGGUACUACUAAUGAAAGUGUACAGCUUUGUACACCUGAGUGUUCAGGAGUUUAUGGCUGCUUUGUAUGUGUUUCAUGUUUAUAGACACAGCAACAGAAAUCUGCUUGAAAAAUGUGGAGCUGUGACAUCCAAAGCAGGACCACUGACUGACUUGCUCAAGAGUGCAAUAGAUCGGGCCUUGGAAAGUGAAAGUGGUCAUCUGGACCUUUUUCUUCGCUUCCUCCUUGGUAUCUCACUGGACUCUAAUCAGAGACUAUUACAAGGCCUUCUGACAGGGACUGAGAGCAGCUCACUAAAUGCUAAUGUGACAGUUGAGUACAUUGAGGGGAAAAUCAAGAACGCCGAUUCUCCGAAGAUGUUUAUCAACCUGUUCUAUUGUUUGAAUGAACUACAGGACAACUCUAUUGUGUAUAAAGUCCAAAAUUACCUCAGUUCUGGCAGCAUCUCAAGAGAAAAGCUUUCAAGUGUUUAUUGGUCAGCUCUGGUCUUUGUGUUGCUGACGUCAGAGGAAGUAGAGGAUGAGUUUGACCUGAAGAAAUAUGUCAGAUCGGAACAUGCAUUACUGAGGUUGCUUCCAGUUGCCAAGCUGUCCCGAGUAGCCCUGUUGAACCAGUGCAGACUCACAGUGAGCUGUUGUGAAGCACUGGCUUCAGUCCUAGCUUUAAAAUCCUCACACUGGACACACUUGGAUCUGAGCUACAAUGACCUGCAGGACUCAGGACUGCAAUUACUCGCAGCUGGACUGAUGAAUCGAGACUGUAAACUGAAAAUUCUGAGGCUGGAACAGUGCAGCCUCACAGAGGAGUGUUGUGAGAUACUGGCCUCAGUACUCAACUCCUCACACCUGAGAGAAGUGGAUCUGAGCUGUAACGCCAUAAAGGAUUCAGGAGUGAAGCAGCUCUGUACUGCACUGGGGGGUCCACUUUGUAAAUUGGAGACUCUGAGUUUGCGACAGAGUACCCUCACAGAUACAUGCUGUGAAGCUCUGGCUACUGCCCUCAGCUCAAACCCCUCACAGCUGAGGAACCUGGACUUAAGUGACAAUGACCUGGGGGACUCAGGAGUGAGGCUGCUCACUGAUGGGCUGAAGAGUCUACACUGUAAGCUAGAGAUACUGAGGCUGGCAGGCUGUCAUGUCACACAGGAAGGCUGUGCCACUCUGGCUUCCAGUCUGUGUUCCUGCCACUCACAGCUGAGAGAGCUGGAUCUGAGCUACAAUCACCUUGGAGACUCCACAGCACUACAGGAUCCCAACUGUAAACUGGAAAAACUAAAUGUGAAUCACAGUGGGGAAUGCAGACUCCGACCAGGACUGCUUAAAUACGCCUGCACGCUCACUCUGGACCCGGACACAGCGCACAGAUGCCUGAUCCUGUCUGAGGGGAACAGGAAGGUGACGCAUGAGAGAGGGGACCGGAGGGCAGAUACCGAUCAACCAACCAUUCAGCGCUUCACCCAAGUGCUGUGCAGGGAGAAACUGAACAGUCGCUGUUACUGGGAGGUGGAGUGGGAUGGGGAAGGGGCUUGGAUAGGGAUGGCUUAUAAAGGAACGACCAGUAGACAAGAAGAUGACACAUGGAUUGGAUUCAAUGCUACAUCUUGGAGUCUUAGCUGCUCUGGUAAAAGCUACACUGUGUGGCACGACAGCUCCGCUGCCGUAUCCGUCCCCCAGCCCCCCAGUAGCCGAGUGGGCGUGUACCUGGACUGGGAGGCCGGCACUCUGUCCUUCUACAGUGUUACCUCUGAGAAAAGGACCCACUUGUACAAGUUCACCACCAAGUUCACUGAGCCUCUCUAUCCAGGCUUCUGGGUGCUUUGGGGCUCCACGGUGUCACUCUGCCAGCUUUGAUUGUGGGGGUCCGAACACACAAACACCCGCACGUGACCCGCGCUUAUGUUAGCACACAAACACCCGCACGUGACCCGCGCUUAUGUUAGCACACAAACACCCGCA